UUUGAGAGUAAAAACAGAAAAGAAAAAACGCUUCUACAACGUGGGGGGUACCCACGAAAUAACGUAGAAGCGACGAAGAAAGAGCACGCUGGUCCCUAGUCUCUUUCUGAAACUCUCAUCACAUGGAGGGUGGCAGCAGCAGCAGCAGCAAGAAGAAGAGGAAGGAUAUUUCCCAGAUCGACGAAGACGAUGGUAAUGAAGAGGAAAAGAUAGAGAAGUUUUUUGCCCUCAUCAAGAGCAUACGCGAGGCACGUGAGCGGCUGACGAUCAACGGCAGUACUAUUUCCGAUGUAGGAAAGAAGAUGAAACUGGAGGAGCCAUCAUUUCGACGUGAAGAUUUCAUCGAACCGGCUCCGGCGAAGGAGUUAGCCCCCGUCGGCUUGGUUGCUUUUGCUGAAAGUACUAGAGACGGAACGGACAAAGACAAGAAGGGAAAAGAAGGGUUGGACCUCAGCCUUUCACUUUAGGUACCUGCGUUGAUUAUGGUAUUUGGGAGUCAUCGUCCAUGGAUCCAACGGUCUAAACUCCAGAUUAUAACUCUAGGCCUGGUAAAUGCUGGAGAGACUAGCUACUAGCAAUUAAUGUGAUGAGUAUGUAUAACUAGCUUUGAGAUCCUUUUCAAUUAUUUUAGUAAUAAACUUUGGUAAUAAGAUAGGAUCUCUUUAAUCUUCUAAAAUAUGCAUAUCAAAUUUCAAGCUAAUUAGCGUGAUAUUUGUCAUUUUAUUUUGUUUUUAUCACAGAAAUAUUUGUAAUAAUUUAUUAUAGUUUUA